AUCCGGGGCUUGAAAGAACUAAAGUACGCGUGUAAAGUCCAAGAACACUGAAUUUCUUCCAACUUUUCAGACAUUUUUUAUAUAAAUAUAGGGAUAAUUCUUCUAAAUUAGAUUUAACUGCAAGAUGUUUUUGUGGGAUUGGUUUACUGGUGUUCUGGGAUACUUAGGAUUGUAUAAAAAGUCAGGCAAAUUAGUCUUCCUUGGUUUAGAUAAUGCUGGAAAGACAACAUUACUUCACAUGUUAAAAGAUGAUCGCAUGGCACAACAUGUACCUACACUACAUCCUACUUCUGAAGAGCUUGCUAUUGGUGGAAUGAGAUUUACAACCUUUGACUUGGGUGGUCAUAGACAAGCAAGACGGAUAUGGAAAGACUAUUUCCCUGCUGUCAAUGGCAUUGUCUUUAUUAUUGACUGUGCAGAUUUUGAACGAAUUGAAGAAUCAAAACGGGAAUUAGAUAGCCUCUUGGCUGAUGAACAAUUAUCACACUGUCCUGUUCUUAUCCUGGGCAAUAAAAUCGACCUUCCUGGUGCUUACAGUGAGGACAAUAUUAGACAAUAUUUUGGUCUUUAUGGUCAGACAACUGGCACGGGUAAUGUAUCUACUAAAGAACUUGGCACCAGACCAAUGGAACUGUUUAUGUGCAGUGUUCUUAAACGCCAAGGAUAUGGAGAAGGAUUCAGAUGGCUUUCGCAGUACAUAUAAACAGAGACUGUACCUUGAAGUAGGCUUCUUUUGAUAGGAUAUGUACAAAUGAAUAAAUAAUGCACAAACAUCCUGCUCAAGAGCGUCAUCUACAAGAACUACAAUGGCGUUGUCAUCAUAACAAAAGACUAUACACUGCAACAAUAUAAUUAUAGCAUGCAGUCAUAUCAGAAGAAGGUUGUGGAAACUAUUUGAAAUCAAGAUUAAUAACAGAUCAAUUUGUAUAAUAAGAGGAAUCUCAGAAGUGCUGAUUCCACAUUGUGAAAUAUUUCACUUGUAGUUAUUAGUAAAUGCCAGGCUUUCUUUAACUUUUGGACAAGGUGUAUUUUGAUCGAGUGAUUUUGUAUGAAUAAUGAUGAGUUGCAAAGGUUAUGUUCACAUAAGAUUGCUUGAAUUCUCAUCUGGUCAGAAAUUAAUGUUUUGUUGUUUUUUUUUUUCCUUGUGUCCAAAACUGGACUAUCUAGACUUAAUGUUGUACCAUUCUAUGUGCUUAAGAUACUCAAGAUGGCUGGAACAUUGAUAGCUUUCUGCAUCUGUAGACCAGUUGUGUGUGAAGAUAGCCUUUGCUUGUUUGUUAUGCAAGAACUUGUUAAAUUGUACUCCACAUCACUCGAGGGAAAUAUCCUUGUUUACCAAAUUUAAUAUGAUUGAUGCGGAGCAAUGUUUUCCUUGAGAUUUGGGGAUAAUUUUUGGUUAUUGUUAUGCAAUGUUAAGAAGCUAAGAAAGCCUGACUUUUGUUCAAAUUAGAUUAUGCACUAUAUUAGAGUACAAACAGUAAAACUGCAUAGCACUUUACAAAAUCAUAAUACUUUUAAUUUAUAGCAAACAAAAUAACUUUUCAUUUUAAUGAUUAUUUCAAGCUGCAUAGUUUUUGUUUGUACUCAUAUUACAAGGUUGUGACAUGGUGUAUCAGCCUGUUUCAAAAUAGAUUUUUUGUUGUUGUUCGUGAUAAAAUGGCAAGACAUGGAUUUUGCUAAUUGAUAAAAAAUAACUGAUUUAUACUUUAAGCUUGUCUGUGGUAAACAUUGGCUGCAUUUUCAAUCAAAGUGAACCAAAAACCAAAGUGGAAUUCCUCAUGUCAAGCAGUGUAACCAGUGCCUUUUGGUUAUGCAAUGUCCCUUUGACAACUGUUGUUCUAAAUAGGGGUAUGUUUAUACUGACUCUGAUCCCAAAUUGAUCUCCCUGAUCCAACAAGAAUUUACUGAUCCAGUAUACUCAGAUUUUCACAUAGAUCCAGUUCGGGUUGUUCAAAGUCCGAUUAGUGAUAAUCCAGGGUUAACUAGCUUUUAGAAAACCUAUCUAUGGUGUUAACCCUGGAUUAAUGCUACUCUGGCUUUGAACAACCCAGCCCAGAUUCCAAUAACUUUGAACAUGAUCGCAAAGCUAAGAUCCAGAUCUCAGAAUAAUGCUGAUAAUGCUAACCCCAUAUACAUGUACCAUGUCAUGACCCUGUUAUUGUGAAUGCUUUAUUAAAGUAGAUAUCAAAAUAAAUUUUCAAGUUUAGGGACUGUUUGUUAAUUGUUGUCAACAGGGGUGAGUCCAUUUGAUGAAGCAAGUCAAAAAUGUACCCCCUUCAUUGGCAAAAAUUACAGAUUAUACCUGAAAGAAAAAUGUACCUCGACAGUUUUUUUCUGAAAAAUGUCCCCCCUAUCUAAACACUGACCCCUUGUGGCGAAAAUUGACUAACAGUCCCAUAUAUUGUUUUGAGUAAAUCUACCUUGUAAUAAUAUUAUAGGUUGAUUUACUAAUUGUAUUAAAGUCUUGGUUCUUACAAGUAUUCGUUAGAAUUUCUAGUAAAAUUAAUAGUAGAAUUCUA